AUGACCACCGACACGAGACGUCGUGUGAAGUUGUACGCUCUAAACGCAGAUCGUCAGUGGGACGACCGAGGCACGGGCCAUGUCACAUCGAGUUAUGUGGAUCGCGUAAAAGGUGUGUCAUUGUUGGUCCACGCAGAAAAUGAUGGUUCGAUGUUGCUGGAAAGCAAGAUCCAACCAGACACGAUCUACCAUAAACAGCAAGACACGUUGAUCGUAUGGAGCGAGGGGGAUAAUUUUGAUUUGGCCCUCAGCUUCCAGGAAAAGGCGGGUUGCGACGAAAUAUGGGAGAAGAUCUGUCAGGUUCAAGGCAAGGAUCCAUCGGUGGAAAUCACACAAGAUGUGGUGGAGGAGUCCGAGGAUGAGCGAUUCGAGGAUAUGCCCGAUUCAGCGCCACCGAUCGAGCUACCUCCUUGCGAGCUGUCACGAUUGGAAGACAUUUCCGAGGUUAUUGCGAGUGGACUCACGUCACCUAUGCGCAAGGACAAGCUGGCACAGGCGGUUGAAUCAGAAAAUUAUAUUAAAAAACUGCUGAACUUGUUCCACAUUUGCGAAGAUUUAGAAAAUCAAGAAGGACUGCAUUAUUUGUACGAGAUCUUCAAAAAUGUGUUUCUGCUGAACAAAAACAGUCUGUUUGAGAUCAUGUUCGCCGAAGACACGAUCUUCGAUGUGGUUGGCUGCCUUGAAUAUGACCCGUCUGGCAACCCACCGAAAAGCCACCGGCAGUAUCUAAAGAAACUUGUGAAGUUUCGCGAGGCAAUACCGAUUCGUAAUCCUGAUCUUUUAGCAAAAAUUCAUCAAACGUAUCGCGUACAGUACAUACAGGACAUCGUGCUACCGACGCCAUCCGUGUUUGAGGACAACAUGCUUAACUCCUUGUCUUCGUUUAUUUUUUUCAACAAAGUGGAAAUUGUUACGAUCAUACAGGAGGAUGAAAAGUUCCUCGAUGACCUGUUCACGCUGCUAACCGACCCGCAAACUCAAAAAUCAAAGCGUCGCGAGUGCAUCCUGUUUCUGAAGGAGUUUUGCAAUUUUGCACAGUACCUUCAGCCGCAAGGCAAGGACGCGUUCUACAAAACGCUUAUCAACUUGGGCGUGUUGCCAGCGCUCGAGAUUACUCUGGCAAUAAACGAAAAGAAAACGAAGGCCGCAUCGAUAGAUAUACUGACUACGAUCGUGGAAUAUUCUCCGUCAAUCGUGAGGGAUUUCACUCUUCAGCAGUUCAAUAACUCAGACACGGAAGAGGAUCAGACCUUGAUCAAUAUUGCCAUCGAACAACUGUUCGAUUCGGAGCCUGAGCUGGGAGGUGCUGUUCAAUUGAUGAACGUUUUGCGAAUCCUACUAGACCCAGAAAAUAUGUUAAGUUCAGCGAACAAGUCGGAGAAGUCUGAUUUUCUCAACUUUUUCUAUAAACGCAGCAUACAGACACUCAUUGCUCCUCUACUGCGGCACACGCAAACGGACAAACCAACUAAUGAGGACUGUAAUGCAGCGCAGCUUUUAGGUGUGGUUCUGGAGUUGCUGUCGUUCUGUGUCGAGCACCAUACGUACCACAUUAAAAAUUGCAUCAUCAACAAGGAUUUGUUGCGGAAAAUUCUGGUGCUAAUGAACAGCAUGCACAUGUUUCUGGUCUUGGGAGCACUACGGUUUCUCCGCAAAAUAGUGGCACUGAAAGACGAAUUUUACAACAGGCACAUUAUUAAGGGUAAUUUAUUCGCACCGGUUGUAGACGCUUUCUUCCGCAAUAAUGGUCGAUAUAACCUUCUGGAAUCGGCCAUAUUGGACAUGUUCGAGUUUAUCAAGCAGGAAGACAUUAAAUCCCUCUACACAUAUUUCGUGGAAAACUUUGGCAAACGCUUCGACGGUGUGCAGUACGUGCAGACGUUCAAAACACUCAAAACAAAGUACGAUCAGCAGCAGGAUCGAUUGAAAGAAAAAGAAAAGGGUAGUUUGGACAGCGUCCCAUCCAUUUUGCGCAACACCAAUCGUUAUCGAAGGGACCAGAGACAGAUGGAUGAAGAGGAAGAGAUUUGGUUCAACGAAGACGAGGAUUAUUCUGACACGGCGGGAAAGGCCGUUCCGACUGAGUUGGACUCAACGAUUGGUAAAAUGUUUGACAAGAAAACCGCUGAUAAUGGAUCGAAAUACGGUACGAGCGGUGCUUCGGCCCAGACACAUCAGCUAGCGCAGCACACGGCCGUCACGGCUACGGCUACCUCGGCCGAUGGCUCUCCCGCGACGGGUGCCACUUCAACAUUACUGACAAUAUCAAGAAACAUCAACACAAAUGAACAAAUGAACAAUGGAGAGAGCAGUGACAGUGGCACCGAAGCACCAGUUACGUCUACAUCCACCGUUGUACAACACGAAGUGGAACAGCAGCUGCACACUGCGCAGCUUGAUCCAAACAGUCUUUCACAUGCGGUUGCUGCAGUGGCAGCAGCAGUAGCAAACAAUGGCCUUCAGUCGUCAACAUCGACGACGACAGAGAGCAUUAUUAGUAAUCACUGUGGUAGCGCAAGCUCCUUGGAAGUGACGCACCAUAAUCAGCAGCAUCAUCAGCAGCAACAUCAUCUGUUGAGUGACGAUGGUGAAGCCACAAACGCUAAUCUGUCUCCGGCCGAUGAGUCCGCUCUCGAAGAUGCAAACAGCCUGGUGGUGAGCGCGUUAGGCGACAGUGAACUUUCGGUGUAUCAGUUGCAGUCUUCGGCGACCGCAACAACUGCCCCUACGACGCUGAUACAGGAUGCGAACUGUUCGGCUACUACUGUCGAUGUUGCGAGUGGCGGUGCGUCUAGAAUCACCGAUCAGUGCGAAGCUGAAGAUCCUGCCAUCAUCACAUCGUCCGUUCCGGUUACCGAUGUUGCUACGUCCAGCAAUGUUGCUCACAGCAGCGCCACCACCAGCUGUGACGAUGAUGGGUGCAAUAGCAAAACCAUUUCCACUGCCUCCGUCACCGAAUCCGUUCUCGACAAAAACCACAUCUCAUCCGAUCGACUAGUUACUAUUGAGGAUAACAUAGUGGACGUAGCGCCCAAGCCUUCGGUGGGUGGAGUUCUAACUUCCACGGAAGUUAUGGACAUUGAUAUUACUGCAACUGUCGGUCGCAGCAACAAUAUUGUAGAAGUCGAAGGUGUUUCUAGAAGGUCUGCGGAGGAUAAUUCAGGGAGCAUUGACGGCAACACUGGAAGCAAUGUCACAGUUUCGGAAACUUGCAUUGAAGCUAGGGAUGAAGUAGUAAACACGGCCGCUUCGUUUUUAGUAGCUCCAGUUCUUGACUCGGCCCCGGCCGUCGAAGAACCUGACAAUCCAUCAGCACAGACUUUGGCGACCCCAAUCACCAUGGGCGGCACUUCCACUUCAUCGUUGGUUGCUGGUUUUGGUAGUACCACCUCGUCGCUUUCUGCUGCAAGUGCUCUCUCGAAGGGACUCGUCGAUUACGAGGGCGAUUCUGAAGACGAAGACGAUGACGAAGAUAAUGGCAGCCCAGCCCAGAAGAAAGCUAGAAUAGCAUAGCCUCAUUCUUCUUCUUCCUACACAGCGCGUCGUUCGUAUCAGUAUCACCAACAUCAACGCCAUGUAUCAGAUGCUGCUGCAACAGCUUGCGCACUAGAAGAGAAAGUAACUGAUGGUAGAAGUUCAUUUUCUACCGUUGUACUAUCAUCGAAGCACCUGCCAGAGAAAAUUUUGCCCACGAAAGCUGCUAACGAAACUUCAAGCGCGCCAGAAAAUGCGCCUGUUCAUUGUUUUACCUUACUGAGCAUUGAAACUUCCACCAGCGGAUCUCUAACUGCCGCUAAGAGUAAAGAAGCGGAGCAGCACAACGACUCCUUCUUAUCUCAUACAUAAGUAACAUUUAGAUACAAUCGCAGAAAGUGUGGAUGCUUCAUGUCUUGAGCGUGAUGAUGCAGCACAGAGAAGUUCUUAGCACCAUGCAGGGCGAGCCGAGCGGAAGAAGCGUAUGUGUAAGUGUUUUAUUGAUUGCUUAAUGAAAUAGUAUGACGCGAUAGGAGAUAAGUAGAAAUGGCGUAGCAGAGCGUUUCUAUUUGAUACGAUGAAGUAUCUGGUACGGCGUAAAAUAGCCUCAUUAUGUACAGUUAUCCUCGUUUUUGCACUUAAAAUUUCGAUAGGACCGAAAAAAGCAAACAUACCAAACUUGGCUGGUUGGUGGGUACCGUUUUUUUCGCGCUUCAAUGGUCACCUAUUAUCCUCUUCUAAAGGAUAUCAUGGCGGUCAAUGUUUAAGCAAGGCAUCCUGUCACUGGGAUUGAUAGAAGAUUUAUCACUCAUCAAAUAUUAUUCUAUUGGACUAGAUUUGUUUUGGCGGUCCACACCAUUCGUUCGCAGAAUACUAACAGAACAUGCUGAUGAAGUUGAAUCACAGACCCAUGUGCUUCGAAACAAACAGGCGGAUACUGUAUCUACUCUAAGCCAAGCCUAAGUAUCAUCUCUAACAAACAUGGUAUUUUGUGAAAAAGCUGUAUAAAGAAUAAGCGAAUGGUUGGAAAGUCAAACACGAGGGAAGAUAAAAUAUCCAAUUAUACUGUAAAUUAAUAUAAUAAUAAACCGAAAUCUUUUUAGGUUGCAGUAUAGGUCUAGAUGUGAUAGAUGUUAGGGAGUUUGUAUUUGUGUUUGGUGCUUCGGUAAGGCAUCAGACUAACUCUAGGGUAAAAGAUACUAAAUGUGGAAGAAAAGUACUGGAAAAUCGUGGCAGAUCAUAAGGAACCAUGCAGAAGGAGCGAUUAAAGCCAUCCGGAAUCGUUCGGGCCUUGUGUUGUUCCUCUACUAUGAACAUGGUCCCAUGGAUCACACUUUCCUGAGUUUUUGUGACUUCAAUGUAAUCAUGUGAUUUUUUUAUCCUUAAUUCAAGGGCGAGUACACACACGAUUUACUUUUCACAGUCAGUAGCACCCUCAAUCCCGGCAUCGUAUUGUAUCGCAUGGUAGAAAGUUGAUUUUUUCUGCAAUAUGUAAGAAUUGCUCCAUCGCAUUUGCUACUCGUGGCCAUCGCUUUUAGUGUGGCUUCUGAGGUUGUUACCGAAGUGGAUUUCUUUUACUCAUUGAUGCAUUCUUUAUGAUAUGCUUUUGAUUGUAUGCUGCAAUCGAACAUCGUUGAUCAAAUAAGGUUGCCUUUGUUGGCAGAAGAGUGCAGAAAAAGCAUUGAUGCAGCAUUGAUAGAUGAAGUAUUCAACGUAUAUUGAUUUUGCGUUGGAAAUAAAAUUUCGCAAAUUAUAAUGUAUUUUUUCCUAACUGAAGAGCUGCUGAUAUAAACGCAAAAAGCCCAUGUUGUCUCGUUUGAUGUUCUCAAGUGCUUUAGUGGUAUCUUUAUGUUAGAUCGACUUGGCAUCUUAGGACCAAACUUCACACUAUCUAUUUUUUGCUUGCUUGGUUUGCUCUUCAUUCACGAAAAAUAGAACGCAGUCGAAUAUGAAGGAUUGUAAAUAUAUUUUUCAAUUAUUUAUCGACAGCUAAGUAGAACUGCGAAAGUAAGACAUCGUAAGGAAACGUAGUCAAUUGUUUGCUAAAUAGAGUAUUGUUUGCAAACAAGUGAGCUGCAGUUUACGUAUGUAAAAGAAAAUUGAAAGGAACCCAUUUCGGUAAUUUAAUUCUGGAAAUUCCAAAAAUGAACGAAAAUCUGUCUAGAUGCACAAAUGCAAAAAUGGGAAAAUAAAUUUAACCAUACUACAUGCCGUACGGAUGCCGUUGGAUGAGGGAUAAAAUGUAGCCUUUAACAGUCGUCGAGGAAUUAACGAUAAAUGUUAAAAAAAUAUGUCAGUUGCAGACCGAGGAAACAAACCAACCAUAUUUGGGGUUGAACAAUUGAACAUUCUGUAGACACAAAAUGAUCGAGAAAGGAUUACCAGUUCGAACUGGCCUGUAAGGACUUACAGCACGAGAGAAAAUAGCGAAAAAAUGCCCGUACCAGGAAGAAACACUGCAAACAAGUUAAUGGGAAGUAACUAAGUAAUUUAAGUACUUGGAAGCGAGAUGUCCGAGGGACCGAGCGCCUGCUGCGGGUGUUGUGAAUUGCAGGAAGAAAUGAACUGAGGAACGGCAAAAAAUAAAAUUUUUUGAUCGUCAUGAGUUAUCAAAGAAGUUUGGAGAAUGAUGAAUGAAAUCGAAAUAAAAAUUAAAGAAGCCAACAUUAUAUGCAUGUAUGAUGUGUAAAAAGCCGUUUAAAAGUUUAAAAUAUCUCAGAACAACACACACAAAUAUUGUUGAUGUGUUGUGAGCCGUGGCGAUGGAUUGUCGCUUAGCUAUAGGUCGCCUCAGGCGGGUCCCCUGGCAGGUUGCGGUAAGCUUGUUGCAUAUCGAGUACGAUGACUCUAUGAUACAAGUGCAACGCUGUAGGUGAUGAUACUAGACGUACAGAAGGGGUAAUGUUGUGUGGCGUCGUACAGACGAGCUGUAAUCGACGUUUCAGAGCAGUGAAGUGGGAUGAUGGAUAAAAAUAAGAUAGCAGUAGUAUUGGAUAGAGCGAAAAGGUCGUAAUUAAUCGACCUUGACUAAAACAAAUAACACGAGAAAGGUUUAAAGUAAAAAUGAGGAAAAAUACAGAAAAAAUAUUACA